AAAACCAUCCGUAAAUUGUUGAAACGCUUGUGAACUUUAUUCAUGUUUUGCCGAUUGAGUAAUGGCGACUCUCAGUAGUUCACCAUUUUGGUUAGCGAGCUACAGUGUUAGAGCUAAUAGUUGAUGCUAACUUAGCAGGGGACACUGCCCGUGUUAUUGCUUGGAGCUGGUCAACAGGACAGCACUCAUGGACAGCCACAGGAAAUGUGACGUUUGCACUCCUAGACUGGCCACGGAGAAAGACACUAAUGCACCUGGUCGGAACCUCGUGAGGACAUCGCCAGGCAGAUCCAUCGCAAACAAUGCUGGAGAAGCACUUCCCGACAUGGCCGAUUUCAGAAAAUCUCUUGGUCCUGGGCAGCAGGAGGCAGAGUCUCCUGGCAUUAAAGAGGAAGUUGAGCUCCCCCAAAUCAAAGAGGAGGAACCAGAGCCCCCUCAACAGCAAAAGCGAGAGAAGCAACUUCCAAUCAAAAAGGAAGAGGAAGAGCAAGAUAUCACCAGGUUGACUGGUGAUAUCUUGACGAAUGAAGAUGUUCUAAGUGAGGCCAGCAGAGGGGCGGAGCUUCCAAGUUGCAGCAGCUCAAUACAAGAAUUGCGAGCAGACAAUUUCAUCGCGCCACCAUCAAAUAACAACGACGCCACCUCACCUUCGCCUUACACUGAAGAUGAUGAUGACGAUAGUCAUAAGAAAGUUCUCAGUGCUGACCAACUCUGCGAAUGUUCUCAGUGUGGGAAAACAUAUAAUACCAAGUCAAAUUUGAAUAGGCAUAUGAAGAUCCACACUCCUGAGAAACCCUUUUAUUGCUCAGUUUGUGGCCAGAGAUUCACUCUAAAGAUACAACUAACACUCCACACAAGAACCCACACUGGUGAGAAACCUUUUACCUGUUCAGUUUGUGGUCAAAGAUUCACUCAAAGCCAAAACUUAAAAACGCACUCACGAACCCACACUGGUGAGAAACCUUUUUCCUGCUCAGUUUGUGGCCAAAAAUUCUCCCAGCGUGAUAACCUAAAGAGACACACAAAAACCCACACUGGUGAGAAACCCUUUUCCUGCUCAGUGUGUUGUCAAACAUUUGCCAUUAAUGAUAAUCUAAAGAGGCACAUAAAAACCCACACUGGUGAGAAACCUUUUACCUGCUUAGUUUGCGGUCAUAGAUUUGGUCACAAGAGCGCCCUAAGAACACACUUAAGAAAUCACACUGGUGAGAAACCCUUUACCUGCGCAGUUUGCGGUCAAGGAUUCCCUCGAAGUGAUGGACUUAAGAGGCAUAAGUGUGUUGUUGUGAAAAGCAAUGGGCCAACGACUGUUUUGCCCGUCAUCCAUGCUGCCUUUGUCAGUUUUGAUACACAGGCAAUUGUAUUCUGUGGACCUUCCUCAAAUCCUGUUAAGGAUUAGUACUUUUGGUGCUAUAGACCCCAAUCACCAACGUCACACAAUCACUUGAUCGCUGUGUUGUGCCGCCAUAUUGUCCGUCAUUGUGUGUCCGUAUUCUCAAUGGUCUCAAUUUAUAGUGCAAUUCAUGGAAGCCCCGGUGCUUUCAGACGCUAUAAACUCAUUGGAUGUGUUACAUAAAAGGCGUUAUGUGGAAAAAAGCUUCAGUCGAUCCAUUCGCCAGAUCCAUAUUUGAUGCCUAAAUCGAUAUUUUUCGACCCCGCUGUCUUUGCCGUGUCUGCCUGACAUCUGCUACCCUGAUAUCUACAACUAUCUUGUCCACAGAAACUCAGCCUAUUCUCACGAAACUUUGAAAAACUUUAUUAAGAGCAGCACUCUAAGCAACAUUACCCCGUGUGACCCUUUACUUCCAACUUUCUAAAAUGGCAACAAACAAUAAAAAAAAAAAAUUGACUGCGAUGGCCGACGCUUCAAGGAUAGGUGGAUAUUGGACUAUUACUUUUAUAAAAUACACAAAAACUGUGUCUGCCUCAUUUGCAAAGAGACAGUCGCUGUUUUCAAAGUGUUCGAUGUGACGCGAUAUUACCAAACAAGACACGCUGACAUGUACGACAACAUUACAGGGAAGAUACGCAGCGAGAAAUUAUAGCAACUUGAAGCUAGUUUAAUUUCACAGCAGCAGUAUUUCGCAAGAGCCCGAGUGUCAAAAGAGAACGCCACAAAGGCGAGAUUGUUGAAAUUAUGAAUUAAAAAAAAUAAUAAUAAAGCAAAUGUGACACACAGAAGGGCUUGCUAAAAUGUGUUUAAAUAUUUUGUUCUACGUAAAUCAGCCAAGGUAGCCCCCCGCAUUUUUACCACACCAAAUCUGGCCCCCUUUACAAAAAGUUUGGACACCCCUGUUUAACUGAUGAUCCGUAGACGAGGCCAGCUUCUUUCACUUGGUACCAGCUAAAUAUUAUUCAAAAAAUAAUGAUGGCGGAAGAAAUAAAUAUCUUGAAUUUGAAACUGUAUGUUGUCGGCGAUUAGCCUCGCAAUGAUCUUAAUUGUGGUUGUCAGCCCAAAACCCUCUAAAUAUAUAGUAAAUGCAUCUUACCAGGUAUAAAAUGACUACUACAUAGUCUGUGGUGAUCGUUUGGUGCCCAGUUUUCUCGUCCAAUUGCAGCAGUCCAUCUCGCUCUCCUCUUCGGGUCUCUCGGAAUACGGUAGAACUUCAAGUCCAACAGCCACACACGCCUUCACCAUUUUGAUUAUUAAUGUUAACGAGCAGAAAAACAUGCCGCAAUAGGAGGCAUGUACUUAGCGGUAAUGUGUAAACACGACGAGCUGACAGACAAUAUGGCGGCUCCAGUCAGGGGGGCGGAGUUGUGACGUCAUGUGAUUGGGGUCUAUACAUGUGCUUUGCCCAAUCCUUGUUUAAUGUGCAUCCACACUGUUUAAGUUAAAUGUGUUGAGUUCUGAAUUUGCCUCUUAAAAAGUUUAAAAUAAACAUAAAUGAUUUUUUUUUUCAAGAAUCUUACUCCCACAGUGACUGCUGUUGUUUCCCCAAUGAUUUAAU